AUGUCUUUUGGCCUUACAUUGGUAAUUUGUGUUGUUUAUUUGGAUAACAUAUUAAUAUACAGUAAGUCCCUAAACGAGCAUGUUGAACAUUUAAGAACUAUUAUUGUCACUUUGAGAGAAGAGCACUUAUACGCUAAUCUCAAGAAAUGUGUUCUCUGUACUGACCAAGUUACCUUCUUAGGCUUCAUUGGAAGUUCACAGAGAUUGGCAGUGGAUCCAGAGAAGAUUAAAUCAAUUCAAGUGUGGCCAAAACCUAUCAAUAUCAGUCAAGUCCAGAGUUUCCAUGGAUUGGCUAGUUUUUACAGGAGGUAUGUUUUACUUAACACAUUGGAUUCUAAACUUCUUGGUUUUUCAUUCAUCAAAGAACAUUAUGCUACUGACUUGCACUUUAGAGAAAAGUAUAAGUUAUGUGAAACAGAUGCUCAUAACAAGUACUACCAGCAUGAUGGAUAUCUUUUCAAGGAAGAGAGACUUUGCAUCUCACAAGGCUCCAUGAGAGAAAUAUUAACCAAAGAAGCACAUGAAGGGGGACUUAUGAGACACUUUGGCGUUGAAAAGACACUUAGCAUCUUGAAAGAACAUUUCUUUUGGCCAAAGAUAAAAAGAAAGUUUGUUUCCUCUCAACUCUCUCAUCACCGUGGGAGUCUGAAAAGACUCUGGCUACCUUAUGUUAACACCGCUGGUGGUCAUAUACGGUUUGGUGCUUUGGUCGAGGAGGGUAAUCUAGUGGGAACAAAGCCCUGA